GUGUUUGAGCUUGACGAGAACGGAAGGUUCUUACUUGCUUUCGGAGUGAUGGAAUCGGUUCCGGAAUCCGUACCAUCUGCGAACUCAAACUUGCCAUCUAUACCGCCGCCGGUGAACUCGGUGCCGCCGUUUUUGAGCAAAACCUACGACAUGGUCGAUGAUCCGUCGACCAAUGAGGUCGUCUCCUGGAGCAGCGGGAACAACAGCUUCGUCGUCUGGAGCGUGCCGGAGUUCUCGAAGGUGCUCUUGCCAAAGUAUUUCAAGCACAACAAUUUCUCCAGCUUCGUCAGGCAGUUAAAUACAUAUGGUUUCAGAAAAGUUGAUCCAGAUCGAUGGGAAUUUGCAAAUGAGGGUUUUUUAAGAGGCCAAAAACAACUACUGAAGGGUAUUCAUAGGAGAAAACCUUCGCAUGUGCAGCAGAAUCAGCAACGAACUCAAGUUCAGAACUCGUCUGUUGGUGCUUGUGUGGAGGUGGGGAAGUUUGGAAUAGAAGAGGAAGUGGAAAGACUUAAGCGGGAUAAGAAUGUUCUCAUGCAAGAACUCGUCAGGUUAAGACAGCAACAACAAGCCACAGAACACCAGCUGCAGAAUGUGGGACAGAAAGUUCAGGUGAUGGAGCAGAGGCAGCAACAAAUGAUGUCGUUUCUAGCAAAGGCUGUUCAAAGUCCAGGUUUCUUAAACCAGUUAGUACAACAGAAUAAUGAUGGCAACAGACAUAUUCCGGGAAGCAACAAAAAGAGGAGACUUCCUGGAGAUGAACAGGAGAAUUGUGGAGGCCAUGGGGCUAAUGGUCUUAACCGCCAGAUGGUUAAAUAUCAGCCAUUGAUAAACGAAGCAGCACAAGCGAUGCUCAGGCAGUUUUUAAACACUAGUAGCUCACCUCAGUAUGAAUCGGUUUCGAACAAUCCCGGCAGUUUCCUCCUGGGUGAUGUUCCCAGUUCCAACUCUGUAGACAAUGGAAACUCCUCAAAUACAGUUUCUGGAGUAACUUUGGCGGAGGUUUCAUCUAACUCAGCUCACUCAGGGAUGAGUCAAGUACCUGAAGCAAGUUUUGCUCAUCAUCCUCAAGCUGGUCUGGUUCAGCCAAACUUAGGUCCAAGUCCAACCCAAGGAGUAGCAGCUGCAGCUUCUUGGAGUCCUGAAUCUGAUUUAGUUGGAUGCGAGACAGGUAAUGGAGAGUGUUUCGAUCCAAUAAUGGCUGUUUUAGAUGGUUCAUUGGAAUUAGAAGGCGAUGCGAUUUCUCCUGAAGGCGAUGGCGAGAUGAGUGAGUUACUGAACGAGAACCCUAAGCUGCCCGGAGUCCAAGAUCCAUUCUGGGAACAGUUCUUUACUGAUGAAUUACGAGUGACUGGAGAUACAGAUGAGAUACUACCAGCAGCAGUGGAGAAUAGUGACCUGGUGAUGGAGCAAGAACCGAACGAGUGGAUCCGGAAUCAACAACAAAUGAAACAUCUUGCUGAACAAAUGGAACUUCUUUCCUCAGAAACACAGAGGAAACGAAGAGGUUCAGGGGAGAUUGUGAAGGGGGUAUAA